AUGGAUCUUUCUGCUCCAGUUGACAGCGUCUUCACUAAGGCUUUGCCCAAGGUUGAGCUACACGCCCAUCUGAGUGGAAGCAUCAGUCGCCAGUGCUUGCACGAGAUAUGGAAACGCAAGAAGGCAAACGACACUCGCUUCUUCCAAGUCUUCUCCAAACUCAUAUACCAACUAUGCAACGACCUAGAAAGUCUUGCAUACGCCGUUACCAGCGUCCUCGAAGAUUUUCUUGCUGAUGGAGUGCGCUACCUAGAGCUCCGAACAAUUCCCCGAGCAUCCCCAGAAUCAAACAUCACUCAAGAAGAAUAUCUAACCACAGUCCUGGACACCAUCCAAAAGUUCAAAUCCAGAACACAGGAGAUGUCCGUAUUCCUCAUCUUGGCACUAGACCGCGGCAACACCACCCCUGCCGAGGCGACGCGCAUCAUCGACCUAGCAAUCACCAACAAGCCGCGCGGGGUUGUCGGCGUCGACCUCUGUGGCAACCCGACGGAAGGCGACGUCACACUCUACCGCGACGCAUUCGCCCGCGCAAAAGCUUAUGGCCUUGGCCUGACGCUGCACUUUGCCGAGACACCAGCCUCGGGCAACCCGGCUGAGCUUGCUGCGUUGCUUUCGUUCCAGCCUGACCGGCUUGGGCACGUCAUCCAUGUGCCUGAUGAGUUCAAAAGGGAGAUUGCGCGGCGGAGGCUUGGACUGGAACUUUGUAUGUCGUGUAACGUGCAUGCGAAGUUGAUUGAGGGGAGUUUUCUGGAUCACCAUUUCGGAGAUUGGAGACAUGGGGAAUGUCCCAUUGUGCUAUGUACUGAUGAUGUGGGGUUCUUCUGUAGCCCUGUCUCGAAUGAGUAUCUUCUUGCAGCCGAGCAUUUUCUCCUUGGCCGUGCUGAGUUGCUGAAGUUGUGCUCUGGAUCGGUGGAUGUUAUUUUCGGAGGCGAGCUGGAAAAAGAGAGACUACGUGGGAUGCUUCACGACUUUUCAGGGAAGAACAGGUAG